AUGGCAGAUCAGCAACAACAAGAACAGAAUGAAAAAUACGAAAGGCCUGUGGAACCACCUCCAGUAGCGUACACGGUACCUAGUAAUAAAGAAUCUUUUGAUAAUAACCAAUCCCUCUCCUCAUCAAAUCCAACUGCUUAUUCUCAACACCAGGCACAACAGGACAACCCUUACCAUUUUCGACAAGAUCAAUACUAUAACCUACAAUCAAAGACUAGUGGUGCCCCCAUUGGAGCCUUUGCAGAUGCAUUCCCGACCGAAAAUGAUAAUAAAGCAAGAUGGAACGAUUGGCCAUUCACCCUCUUUUUCCUUCUUUCUGUUAUGGCAUUCAUAGUCAUUGCGUCGCUAACAUUAAGAGGUUGGGCCCAAACUUAUAAUCAAACAGGUCAUGGAAUUUACACUUCCAAUGAUACUGGAACUAUGAAUACAAAUUCAGCCAUCUUAUUAGUAUUCAGUUGUGUCAUUGCAUUAGUAUUUGCUACCAUUGGCAUCAUAUUAGUUAGACUCUAUCCCAGAUUCUUUAUUAUUGCCGGAAUGAUCUUGAACAUUGCUGCUGGGCUAGGUACAUCCAUCAUGUACUUUUCCUUACACUAUUGGUCGGCAGGCAUUGUGUUUCUAAUAUUCACUUUAAUAACAGCUUGCUUUUAUUGGUGGAUGAGAAGCAGGAUCCCAUUAUCAGUUACCAUACUGAAAAUUGUAGUCGAUGCCAUGAAGAAAUUUCCACAAACUUUGAUUGUUUCUUUAAUUGGGACUAUUGUGGGGGGUGCAUUUGCGUUCUUAUUCUCAGUGGUAAUAGUGGCCACAUACAUUAAAUAUGAUCCUUCAUCUAAUAAUUCCGGUUGCGAUGUUAAUGGUGGUGGUUGCUCUCAUGCAAAAUUAGUUGGUAUCUUGGUUCUGGUAUUUUUCUGCGGUUACUACAUCUCUGAAGUUAUUAAGAAUGUUAUCCAUGUCACUAUUUCAGGAAUAUACGGAUGCUGGUACUACAUGUCAAAAUCCGAUCAAGGUAUGCCCAAAUGGCCUGCUUGUGGUGCUUUAAAGAGGGCAAUGACUUAUUCAUUUGGUUCCAUUUGUUUUGGUUCUUUAAUUGUGGCAUUAAUUGAAACGUUGAGAGAAUUCUUACAGCUGCUAAAGAGUGGUGUAGUCACUGGUGGUUCAGGAAUCCAGGGAAAUUUUGGGAAUAUUGCAUUCAUGAUUAUUGAUUGGAUUAUUGGAUUUAUUCAAUGGUUAGCCCAAUAUUUCAACCAUUAUGCCUAUUCAUUCAUUGCAUUAUAUGGGAAACCUUAUUUAAAAUCAGCAAAGGAAACUUGGUAUAUGAUUAGAGAAAAAGGGAUGGAUGCAUUGAUUAAUGAUAAUUUGACAAAUAUUGCAUUAGGGUUUUAUUCCACUUUCACUGCUUAUAUAGCCACUCUAUUUGCUUUCUUAUAUUUAAGGUUUACUGAUCCUGGUUAUAAUUCAUCCGGUGGAUUUAAUGCUCCAUUGAUGGCGUUCUCCUUUGUAAUAGCCUUACAGAUUUGCAAUAUUGCUAAUGAAACUAUUAGAUCAGGAACUGCCACUUUUUUCGUUGCCUUGGGGAACGAUCCUGAAGUCUUCCAGGCUUCAUAUCCAGAUAGAUUUGAUGAGGUAUUCCGUAAUUAUCCACAAGUAUUGAAUAAAUUAAGUCACCAAACCGUUUAG